AUGUCUAUGUCUAAAUUUCUCUCAAAAACGGCCGCCCGCGCCGCGUCCACGUCGACUUCAGCGUCGUCGAUGACCAAGGCCGCGGGCGAUAUUUCCAGCGUCUUCCCAAGUUUGAGACCAGACUACAAGCCAGAGCCACUACCCCCGCGGUUCAGGGAUCUGAAGCUGAAAUACUUUGAAAAGAAUGAAAAGGCUCUGAAGGACAGUUGGGAGCGACUCCUUCCCAGCUUGGAAGAGGAAGUGCACAAGAUCAAGACCAAAGGAAGCGAUAUCAUCCCAUCGGUGCAAUACUCCGACGUCGUCAAUGGCACUGUCCCAGACCAUCUCCUUGCGGAGAUCCGUCACAGAGGUACCGUGGUCAUCAGAAACGUGGUGCCUCGAGAGAAAGCCCUCGACUGGAAGGAGAGGAUCAAGGACUAUGCUGCUGCCAACCAAGAGCGCGUGAAGGCCUUCCCCCCCGACUCCCCAGCAGUCUAUGAGCUGUACUGGACUCCAUCCCAAGCAGAGGCCCGAGCACAUCCGAGCAUGCUCGGUACCCAGCGAUUCCUGCAGCGCCUUUGGCACUCGUCCGAUCCCAACACUCCGAUCUCGACUCGGAAUCCUUUGACCUACGCAGACAGACUCCGCAUCAGGCAACCUGGCGACGCAAAAUUCACCCUUGGCCCUCAUAUUGACGGUGGAUCAUUGGAGCGCUGGGAGGAUCCUGAAUACUCCCGAGUCUACUCCAAAAUUCUAGAGGGCAAAUGGGAGGAAUACGACCCAUGGGACGCCAAGCACCGUGUCUCGGCCAACAUGGACAUGUAUAACGGCGCUGGUUCCUGCUCCAUGCUGAGAUUCUUCCAAGGAUGGCUGUCCAUGUCCAACACAGCUCCCGGCGAAGGCUCGCUGCAUGUUUGCCCCAUGGUCAUUCAGAGUACCGCUUACACUAUCCUCCGACCUUUCUUCGACCCAGUCUCCUCGCAGCCGUUGCUGGAUAACACAUUCCCUGGUGCCGUACCCGGAACAUGCCAGGAAUACAACCCCGUCACGCAUCCUCACCUGGACCUGGAAACCACCAUGGUGUCCGUCCCUGAGGUGGAACCUGGUGACUACGUUGCCUGGCACUGCGAUUCCUUGCACUCCGUCGAUAAGGAACAUCGCGGCAAGGGAGACUCCAGCGUUCUCUACAUCCCUGCCACGCCUAUGUGCGAGAUGAACGUGAACUACCUGCUCAAGCAGCGCCAGGCUGCGCUUGCUUACUCCCCGCCUUGGGAUUUCCCAGGCGCUGGUGGACCCGGUGAGAUCGGUUUCCAGGGAGCACUUGACUGGAGCUCGGUUGAUGCAGAGGGCCUGCGCGCCAUGGGUAUGGGAAGUCAGCCAUGGGAAAUUACCGACGACAUGACUGAGGGAGAGAAGGCGGUUGUCAGAGCUGCCAACAAGACCUGCUUCGGGCAAGCAUGA